AUGACUGCCAGUCUGACUCUCGCUGCGCCUGCUUUCAAGGGCACUCGUGAGACCGAGAACUACAAGCGUGGUGCUCAGAGGGGCACCGAUCUUGAAAACUCGAAGGGUGGAUACUACCGGAAGAUAGAAAGUGAAGGGCGUGGUGACGCUGGUCGUGGCGUUUGGAUUGAGAAUGAUGACCGGGCCUGA